AUGCAAUUAACAGGUCUCAAUGGACCAUUGACAGAUAUAUCUGAUUAUUUUAUUUAUGAUGAAUGUGGUUGGAUAAAUCCAAAUAAAUUCAGUAGGGAAAAAAUGCCUUAUUGGUUGCAUGGUUUUGCUGAUCUUGCUUUCGUAACACGUGAUUUAAAUCCUCAACAAUCGGAUGGAUGGUUUGGUCCUAAUAUUCUUAGAAAAUCACUCCAAGAUCAACCUGAUUUGUGGUCUGCUAUUUUAUUAAUUAAUGGUUUUCGAUUAUAUUACGAAUAUUCGAAUGAUGAUCGUGUUAUAAAAUGUCUUGUUAACUAUUUUCAGUAUGUUAACAAACAAUCAAAUGAAAUAUUUCAACGUGAAUGA